AUGGAAUCCUUCCCACCCUUCGAAACGUACCCUUCCGACUCCAACCCAAAACUCCUCACUUUGCCUAACGAGAUCAUCUUUAACAUAAUGACUCUCACAGGUGAUUUCCAAUCCAAAACAAACCUCGCACGAACAUGUAGCUCUCUAUACGAUAGGCUCAUCACCGCGAUAUACAGACAAGCUUCAAAAGCCAAGUCCAAGUACGCCAACGCCCACAUCUACGAAGCCUGUCGCGACGGCAACAUCCGUACCCUCGAAAGAAGCCUCCGAGCCGAGUCUAUGUCUCAUAUUGACAUUCGCAUCCAAGAACGCUUGAAUCGACCUCUAUAUACCGCGAUACAGUUCUACCAAGUUGAAGUCGUCGAGUGGCUUCUCGCUCGCGGCGCUGAUCCGAACUAUGUGAGUGAUCAAGAUGCUCCCAUGCCCGUAUACUUCGAGUCACCUCUGCAAGUAGCUGUGCAGUGCGUUGUAACACCUAAACUACCUGAGUGGUGUAUCCCUGAGAAAUGGUAUCGGCGCGGGUUCGUGAUGCCGAUUAGGGAAGAGCUGCGGAAGAAGGGGAGGCAGGUUAUUCGACUGCUUCGUGAUGCCGGCGCUGAUGAGAAGUCGUUGUAUCUGAGGCUCGACAGGGAUCAUCUGGACUGGGUUCAAAAUGGAAUUGAGUGCUGUCGACUCCAUGAGAUUUACUAA